UCUUCUCAAACAUCCGUCUUAUUCUCUCUCCUGCAUUGUGUUUGUGUUUGUGUAGCUCUCACCAGAAAUCUCUUCUCUAACCAAACCAAAAUCCACAGAAACAAGAAUGUCAGAGUCAACAGCAACUUGCAUUGACAUACUUCUUGCCAUUAUCUUACCUCCUCUUGGUGUUUUCCUCAAGUUUGGCUGUAAGGUUGAGUUCUGGAUCUGCCUAGUGCUGACAUUCUUUGGCUACCUUCCUGGAAUCAUUUAUGCUGUUUAUGCCAUUACCAAGUGAUCAUGUUGAUCCAUUGAUUUCUUCAAAUUUGCGAAGCUCGUGCGCAGAUAUUUUUCGUAGAUCAGCCUUUGAUAAUUUAUUGGUUCAUCUAUUAGAUGUUUACUACUACAUUCUGUUUCUUAAUGUAUUUCAACAUUUUUAUUAAUUUCGCCUGUGUUCCUCCUAGUGUACUUGUUUUUCCUCUGUUAAAAAUAUGCAGAUUCGAAGUCUAAAGUUGUUUAACUUGGAUCUUUCUAAUAACCCUUGAUCAAUCCAAAGUUUAUUUUUUUUUCA